CAGGAGAGAAACGCGUUUGUUUCAAAGCGUGCCAAUAAUCAGACAGAAAUUGCAUGACUGUUUGCUUGGCAAAGGAAGAAAAACUGUCAUCUACAGACUUGAAUAUAUUUAUCUCUUUAGCUUCAAUGCAUGUAGCUGCUAUAGCUGGUUGAAGGGAUUCACAACAGAAGCACUUGAUUGAUAAGGGGCAGAAAAUGAAGAAGGUUGCACUGAUAUUGAUUGUGCUACUGGGAUUAGCACACUUCUUGUCGGUUAGCCGAUGUGAAGAAGACGGUAAGGACAUCACGGAGGACAAAAGUCAGGAGGAUGCAGAUGAUGAUGAUGAUGAUGACGAUGACGACGACGACGACGACGAUGGUGAUAGCACAGAAGUUAAAGAAGAGAACGGAGUGCUUGUUCUUACCGAUGCAAACUUUGAAACAUUUAUAGAGGGCAAGGACACGGUACUCGUGGAAUUCUAUGCACCAUGGUGUGGGCACUGCAAGCAGUUUGCCCCCGAGUAUGAGAAAAUUGCUCAAACACUUAAAGAGAAUGAUCCAGCUAUACCUGUGGCCAAGGUCGAUGCGACCAAAGAAAAUGCCUUGGGAAGCAGGUUUGAGGUGUCAGGGUAUCCCACCAUCAAAAUCUUGAAGAAGGGAGAGCCUGUGGAUUAUGAAGGGGAUAGAACUCAGCAAGCCAUCGUGGCACGGGUUAAAGAGGUGGCCCAGCCUGACUGGAAGCCUCCUCCAGAGGCUACAUUAGUCCUGACUAAGGACAAUUUUGAUGAGGUGGUCAAUAACGCUGACAUCAUCCUGGUGGAGUUCUAUGCACCCUGGUGUGGCCACUGUAAACGGCUUGCUCCAGAGUACGAGAAGGCCGCUAAAGAACUCAGCACACGCACUCCACCUAUUCCACUGGCGAAGGUUGAUGCCACUGCUGAGAAUGAACUUGCAAGCAGAUUUGAUGUGACUGGUUAUCCAACACUUAAAAUCUUCAGAAAGGGCAAACCAUUCGAGUAUAAUGGACCAAGGGAGAAAUUUGGUAUCGUUGACUACAUGAGUGAGCAGGCAGGGCCCCCAUCAAAGCAGGUGCAGACUUUGAAACAAGUCCAGGAAUUGAUCAAAGAUGGAGAUGACGCUGUGAUAGUGGGAGUUUUCUCCAGUGAACAAGAUGCAGCUUAUGAAAUCUACCAAGAAGCUUGUAAUACUCUGAGAGACGACUACAGAUUCCUUCACACUUUCAGCAGUGACGUGGCCAAAUUUCUCAAAGCUUCUCCCGGCCAAGUGAUCAUGCUCCAUCCCGAGAAAUUCCGGUCUAAAUACGAGCCUGCAUCUCAGUCCUUAACGGUUAAAGAUUCCACAACUUCCAUAGAAAUACAAGAUUUCUUCAAGAAACAUGUGCUUCCAUUAGUGGGACACAGAAAACAGAGUAACGAUGCAAAGCGAUACACGACACGGCCACUGGUGGUGGUGUAUUACGGUGUCGACUUCAGUUUUGACUACAGAGUCGCCACUCAGUUUUGGAGGAGCAAGGUGUUGGAAGUGGCAAAGGAUUUCCCAGAAUACACUUUUGCCAUUGCUGACGAGGAGGACUACGCUGAUGAGCUGAAGAGCCUGGGACUUAGCGAGAGUGGAGAGGAAGUGAACGCCGCAAUUCUAGCAGAAGGGGGAAAGAAGUAUGCAAUGGAGCCUGAAGAGUUUGACUCAGAUGUCCUCAGGGAAUUUGUUAUGGCUUUCAAGAAAGGUAAGCUGAAACCCAUCGUCAAAUCUCAGGCCGUCCCAAAGAACAACAAAGGACCAGUCAAGGUUGUGGUUGGCAAGACCUUUGAAGAAGUCGUCAUGGAUACAAAGAAGGACGUCCUCAUUGAAUUCUAUGCUCCGUGGUGUGGCCACUGUAAGAAGAUGGAACCAGAAUAUGCAGCACUUGGCAAGAAAUAUAAAAAUGAGAAAAACCUGGUCAUCGCCAAAAUGGACGCCACUGCAAACGAUGUACCUUCUGACAACUAUAAAGUAGAGGGUUUCCCUACAAUAUACUUUGCCCCAAGCAACAAUAAGCAGAAGCCCAUCAAGUUUGAGGGUAGCAAAAGAGAUGUGGAGGGUCUCAGUAAAUUUGUGGAGGAACAUGCCACAAAAUUAUCUCAAAAGCGAGAUGAACUCUAAGAGAUUCUGACAACAAUGAACUUUUCCAGGGCCAUGCAGUUCCUUUGUAACAAAAGUAUUCUUGGAUAGCAGAUGGACUUCCAGAGCAAUGGAUGUUUUGAUUAUGAUCCUGUUGUAACCAUUGUUUCUGAGAUCAAAACAUGCACCUUUUUUUGGUUUGAUUUCCAAAGUACACACUGUACACUAGAUUUCUUUUUCAAAGCCUUUUUAAAUAAAAACAAU